GUCAAAUGAUGUCAUGAUGUAAAUCCUAUUCAUAGCUCACAAGAUCUCACAAGACUUACGUUAGUAGUUUUGGGCAAUUUUGUGAAUUCAAGUCAGUGAUGUAAAAAGAAAUUUCUUUUCAAGAGCUAUUGAAUCUUUUGAAAUAUAAGUUACUUUUUUCUUGGUAAUCCACAACUUUUUUAAAGGAAAAGCCCAAUGUUUUUUACAUGUAUGUCUCCAGUACUUACUCUACCCCACCCGGCUUAGGAAAAUUGUAAAGUCCCUUCGUUGUAUCCCGUAAGCCCUUGCGGUCAAAUAUUUCCCGCUAAAUGAAUCCAAAAUACGAACAAACAUGGCGGCUAGUUUUCUGAAUGGAGAGAAAAUUUGUGAGGUUGCUGGCGACGUCAGAUGGUCGAGUGUGGAAAAUGUCAAUUUGGCUUAUAAUUCUGGAUCAUUAGUUCUUUACAAGCUUAGUAGCAGUUAUUACCUUCAUGCUAUAACAGUGUUUAAACGAAUCAAGUUCCGGAAAAUAUCUAUGCGUCCCUGAAGAAGAGAUUGUUUUUCAAAGACUCCCCCAAGCCUGUGGAGAUUUCAUUCAAAGAUGAUUUCCAGAUUCCCUCUAAAGCCAGAUAAAUUUGAUUUUGUAAGCCGUGAGUCACAGUUAACGUUAUCAAUAGCAAGAGAAAACAAAGCUGCAGCAUCUGUUCACUUGCAAGAGGCAGUUCCUCAUCAGCUGGCGAGAUUUCUAGAUUCCUUAAAGGGUGUUCAGGCAUACUUUGCUUCCUUUAAAGGCAGAUUAUAUUCGUCAUCAAGAACAGACAAUAAGCAAAAUAUAGAGGUGAGAUAUCAGAUGACAGUAAAAUUCCUGUGCCAUUACCCAAAUGUAAGACAGGAAAUUUUUUAUGAGAAAUGAAGAUUUACAUGAAGAUCAAUGUAACUGCAAUAUUAUUACCAAUAUAAUACGUAGAUGGAGUUUAGUUGGAUCAAGUUUGUACUCUCAACUAGUUGUCUGGAGUUUGUAACAUGAUGUCUACCAAAUAUAAAAUCCUACACUGUCAAUGCAAUUUCAUUAUUCAACUCCACUCUACAGUACCUACAGAGUACAGAUAGUAGGAGGCAUUCACUGUGAAUUGCCAACCAUAAUGUUAGCAAUACAUGUAUAACAUGUAGCCCAUGAGAGGCAGAGCUCGACGUUGCAGCCUCUGGGGUGGCCAAUGCGACCACAGUUUUUUUCACUGGCAACUAACUUUUCACAAUUUUCACUGAAAUACUUCUGCUGGCGACUAAAUCUGAAAACUUAUGGGCCAGCUGGCCCCAAGGUUUUUUCCUGAAAGUCAAGCCCUGAGGGGAAGUCGUUAUGGGCCUCUCUUAUCGCCCUCUGAUGGUGCUGCACCAAGCCAGUUGUUCUCUUUGAGUCUCACUGAAAGUACUGUUUAGCAGGUGUUGUUUGUGACUGUUGGUCUUGUAAGAUGUGCAUGUAACUAAUCAAUUAAAAGAUAAGAUUAAG